AUGACAAUAAUCUCUUUCACAAUCAUAAAUUUUCAACCAUGAUGACGAUGCUCUCAAAUUUCUCAUAGAAUUUUGCGUGGCAAGACAACUUUGGUGGCAGAAGUCUUUGGGUUUAGUAUUGAAGGCUCAUUGAACGAGGUUUUGUCAAAAAGUUUAUUAAUCAAAGUCUUUUUCCCAUUUAAGGCUUUGGUUUCAAUAGAUGCUUUCUGCUCUUCUCUUUUUGCCUUCCCACCUUUCAUCCAAAUACCCUUCAGUUUACUCUCUCAAUCCCCUGCCAUUCAAUCACUCAUUCUCAAUUUCACUUCUCAUUAUUAUUAACUCAAAACACUUUCUUUUUUUUUGGUUUUUCAUUUUCUUAAAUGGGUUUUCCUCAAAAUCAUGUCUUUUAUAUCACUAAUACACUUCUACUCUUUUCUUUGCUCUUCUUCUUAGCUUCAACAUUCACUCAACUUCAACAACAACAUCCAUUCCUUGCUCAAGGCUUGUCAAUUCCACAACAAAAUGUGGCACUAAAGGAGCAAGAAGAAAGAUUGAUAGGAAGAGCAUUGAUAGGAUCAAGCCCACCAAGAUGCCAAGGAAGAUGCAACAAUUGCGGACAUUGUGAAGCAAUUCAAGUUCCAAUAGUACCUCAAAAAGGUUUUCCAAGAAGCCAUUUUAUGCAUUCAACUCCAACAAUUGCAUAUUCAAGAGGAGAUGGAUUGUCUAAUUAUAAACCUAUGAAAUGGAAAUGCAAGUGUGGAAAUACUAUUUUUAACCCUUAAUUUAUAUUAUUCAUAAAUUUUAAUCUUUUGUAAAUACAUUAUUUUUCCUGAUUUAGUAAUCUUAUUGCUGUCCUCCAUUUUUAUUACCUAUUUAUAGAAUGUUUCUGCAAUGUAAUUAGUGUUUGACAACUUGUUACAAUUGUAUUUCAUCUAAAAGAAUUAUUAAGUUCGAGCUUUUGUAGUAAGCAUGGUCCAUAUUCUUCCAAAUAAAAAUAUUUAUAUUAUAGUUUGACAAAAUAUUUCUAGCCUAUUAUAAUUACUACUUAUAGAAUAUUUGUGCAUUGUAAUUAAUGUUUGACAACCCGAUACUGGUGUAUUUUAUCAGAUAAGAUGAUUAUUUUCAAGCUUUGUUUUUAAUAAAUUUGGUCUUUUAACCUUUUCUUCCCAAGUCAGAUAAGAUAGUUUGACAAUUUGUAAUACUGUAGUUACUUUGUUUUCCUCGCUUAGUAGUUUAUUGCUGUCCUCCAUACUCUACUCAUUCCCUAUUUAUAGGAAUAUUUCUCAACCUGUCAAAAAAAAAAA